AUGAGUGGCUUCGAGAUCAAUAGCCGGCCAGUCCGCAUUGGCCGGCCGCAGCACUACGUGCCGCCAACUGUGGAGCUGCCCCCGCUGGAUCUGACGGUGCUGAGGGAGCGGGGCCUGCUGCCGAGGGAGGUGGACCCGGAGUGCAGCAAGGUCUCGCUGAACUGCGUCACGCGGGAGGUGUACUUUGGCAACCUGGCGCCGGGUUGCGCGGAUGAGGAGGCGAUGCGGGAGCUCGUGGAGCCGGCGGUGCGCGAGAUGCCCGAGUACAACCGCGAGCUGGGGCCGCCCAUCGUCAAGGUGAGCCUCAGCCCGCCGGGGACCUUCUGCUUCAUCCAGUUUCAGAACGCCGAGCUCGCCACGAGGGUCAUCGCCAUCUUCGAUGAUACCGAGCUUUUCGGCCGGAGGAUCCGGGUGAGUCGGCCGAGCAAGUAUUCCAUGACGGUGGAGGGUUCGACCGACAAGCCCCCGCCCCCGCUCGAGCAGCCUUCCGCGCCGCUCCCGCCGCCGGAGAAGGCGGACCAGUGGUUGGCCCCGGAUUUGCUGCAGGUGGCCGCCCAGGAGCUCGCCGCGGAGCGGCAGAGGAACGCGCCGGCCUAG